GAGUUUGGCGGCACACGUGAGCCAUGUCAUACAAGAUACGCGUUUGUUCGAGGACACUGAAAAUCACUGUAAAAGCGAACGAAUAAAGACAGAGAUAAAAACACCUUAUAUUAUAAGUAAUACCUAAUACAAGAAGAAGAAGAAGAAGAAGAAGAAGAAGGAGAAGAAGGAGAAGAAUAAGAAUAAGAAUAAAAAUAAGAAAAAGAAUAAUAACAAUAGACAAAGGAAAUCCGAAAUAAAUUAUCUAUUGAAACGUGUUUUAUCAUAUUUCGUUUAACCGUUAAAUAUGUGCAUAGAACCCACGUGGACUCGCAAUCAAUAGUGCAGUGUUGUUGCACGGGGGUCAGUCAACCCGCGCUCGAGGUCAACUUCAUGGUGUCUUCUCUCUGGAUAAAAAAUCAUCGUCGUACCUGAAAUUCGCGUUAUGAUCCAUAUUCGUUAGGGCCCGCUGAAUGCUGUAACAUUUUUUUUUCUACGAAAGAAGCUUGCGAACCCGCUCGAUAGCCUGUCUUCGAUGUCGAAUUAAAAGAAAAUAAUAAGAAGGAGUUAAAGAAAAACUAUAUAUAUAUAUGAGAAAUAAAUUGAAAAUAUAAAAAUAUGAUAUUACGAAAUCAAACGGAGAUACGAACGAUUUGGAAAUAAGAAUCGAGAGAAGGAGAGAGGAUUUUUUUGUUUGUUUUUCGCGUGAAACCGAUCGAAGGAGGAACGAACUAACGAAGGAAGGGGCGGGAGGGGGGAAAGAAAAAAAGAAAAAGACGGGGAAUAACUUAAAAAAAAAAAAAAAGAAAAAACGGGAAAAUACUUAACCUAAAUCGUUCAUAAUCGCCAAAAGCACUUUAAUCUUCGUUCCGGGAUUCACGGUGGCGGUCUCGACGGCGGUGGUACCUCGUAGAAGUGAAAUAAUUGAAUAAGCCGGAGGCAGAAACUAAGAGGAAGGGAGGAAAAAGGAUAGAAAGAAAGAAAGUGAGAAAGAGAGAGAGUGAGAGAGAGAGAGGGAUAGAAAGGGAAAGAAGAGUGCCUUUCGUUAGACGAAAUUUAUAAUAAUUCCAUCGGCACCCAGGGCAUUGUAAAAGGGCUGAUAAGGUCCCCUUCCUUUUGACUAAGAGGAAGGACCUUCGUCGUUCUUUAGUCCUUUAAAGGAGAAGAGCACAGUGAAAUAGAUAAGAACGUUAAGAAGGCAAGAAAGAGGAAAAGUCAUACUGUUCCAACUUCAACGAGAGGAGAAUAAUAAUUAUAAUAAAAGAGAAAACGAAGAGAAAAAGAUCUAAGUCGAAGAAGAAAGAGAGAGAAAGAGAAAGAGAGUAAGUAAGAGAAAAAAAGAGAGAGAAAGAAAGAAAGGGUAAAUGUUAUCGAGAUCAGACAUAGUCUUGGAACGUUCGAGUUCACGUCGAGCGUGAAAUGGUCCUCGUGAAGAGUCGUCACAAGGGUGAAAUCACUCGGGUCAGGGACAUCCAGUUGGAAAAAGGAAAUCGUCGAGGCUGCUGCCAUUGCGAGAGGAGAGUUUUGAAACCGUCGUUGGCAUUGGCGAAGGCGAAACCGAGAGAAGGAGAAUAAAUAAAAGAGCCUCGUGACGGAGGGACUUCGUACGGCCCUGGCGCGGCUGCGGCACUGCGCCCCCACGGGGGGCUCUCUGCCAAAUACUCCGAAUCUACCCUCUACCCCCGAACAUAAGGUUCACAUCGUAAAACGUCGAAUGACAAUAAUCAUUCGUAACGAGAGGAGCGGCUAGUCUCGAAGAUGGCGAAUUUAUCGGGACGCCUCAUAAAAAAAAAGGGAAGAAAUGGAAGGAAGAAAUCGUGUUUCUUGCUAAUAGCGGUACCCAAUCACGUGCAUAGUUCUAUCCAGCUCGCGAGACAUUUAAUCGAAAAGGGAUGUUUGGAGAAUCGUGGCUCCCCUGGGAGGGCCGGCGGAGGAGCAGGAGGAGAAGGAGGAGGAGGAGGAGGAAGCUCACGGGGUACCGGGUGUGAUUCAGGAGAGUCGCAGUCGCAGCCAUCGCGUGGUAGUGGUGGACGUCAUGGGGGUUCAGAAGGUUCUUCCUCAAAGGAUGGUGAUUUACUUUCGCAUGCGGCUUCCGCUUUACGUAGGCUCCACUUCAAAUCCGCCGGUGGAAGUCGUAGCUGUCGUACGGUACCAAAGGUCGUGGUCAUGGGUUCCAGUACAGCCUCUGAAACCACGAUCAACACUAGUACUGAUAGCGCCAACACUAUGGUCACUAUGGUGACAACGACGGACGGGGAACAACCGGACGACAGUUUCGAUUUGAUAGACGUACCACCGGAAAUGUCGCCGCCACCUGUCGCGCCAACGUCGAAGGACACGCCAAGCAAUUCAUCUUGCACGCAACAAAUCGUUCUUCCAUCGGAAAAGCUCGAUUCCAAUCACGUAGAACAUAAUUCGAAAAGCACGGCCAACGUGCAAUCCACUGCAAGCACUGCCCAACACCAUGGUGGUGGUACCAUGUCGCCGACUACUGAUACCGUCGACGACAUGGGCGCACCCCCACCCACCCCUAUGAUUGGAGCUCAUCAAGAGUCUAGGUUCACAUUCAUUAGCGGUAGAACACCACCCCUUCCUGAUUUAAGAGCUGCCGAAUUUUUCAGUACUCCUGUGAGAGGCUCGGUGGAUGCCGGACAUCCUGAUCCAAAUCAAAUAAGCUCGAUGCUGGCAUUGAUGGCAACAAAAGAAAAACAAAUUGACAAGGGUGCAUUGGUCAAUGUUAAUUCUAAUCACACGUCAUUGACGAAGGUAACCCAAUCCUGCGAAAAAAACUGCGUCGAUACGAAAUACAAUGCUGAACAGAAGAAACCAAAUAUUAAUGUUACGACGAAUCCAUUGGAUAUUUCAUUGGUUGGUGGUCAACCAUCUUGUAACGUACAGACUCCGACCGGUACUACAAACAGAGGUCGAGGAAGGCCAACGGCAGCCAAAAUGGGACGCACGAUGAAAAAAUACUUCGUUCGAUGUACGCCAAAUCAAAGAGGGAGCGCCGGUGGAAAAAAUAGACCAACUCAGGCAACCAUUGUAGUCCAACAACCGUCCCUUUCGUUGGAUGCACCAGCUGCUACAAUUCUUUUACAUCCGGACGCGGAUGCGAGAAGAAGAGAAGAAAAUAUGAGACAAUUGCUUGAUGUUGCGAACACCCUCACCCUACAGGAGAUUCACGACUUCGAAAUGAGAUAUGGAAGUCCACAUCACAGUCGUUCGCAGUCGGUGAAAACUCCAGGUAGCCGAUCGUCCGGUCGGCCAAAUUACUUGUGUCUUCCGCAGCAAAGGUCGAGGGUGGCCAGUAUGCCGAACACAGGAGUUGAAGAAGAAUAUUACAGGCUGAGGCAUUUCAGUAUUACCGGGAAAGGUGUGGUGAAUAGAGGGGAUUCCUUAAAAAGUCGAAGAUCCCGUUCCAACAAUAGCGUCGCAUCGAGCAACUCCAGGGAGAUUUUACGAGAUUCCAAACCGGUUGCUUAUAGCACCGAACAUUUGACGGCUUCGUAUCCUGGCUCGGCACGAAAUUCGGCAGCGGGCUCACUUGCAAGUUCACGCGAGAGUAGUGCAUCCCAGGAUCCUGCAUCUUAUCGAGUUUUGAUGUUGGGUGCACCGGCAGUUGGAAAAAGUUCCCUCGUAUCUCAAUUUAUGACGUCGGAGUAUUUACACGCUUACGAUACUUCUAUCGAUGACGAGUCCGGUGAGAAAACUGUAAGCGUGCUGUUGGCCGGCGAGGAGUCCGAGUUAACAUUCAUAGACCAUUCGUGCGCAGAAAUGACGCCGGAGAAUUGUAUAUCUACGUACGAACCACAUGCAUAUUGCGUUGUUUAUUCAACGACGGAUCGUGCAUCUGCGAUAGUAGCUGAAGAAGUUCUUCAGACACUUUGGCGUAGCGACCACGUAUCAGCGAGGGCGGUCAUUCUCGUUGGAAACAAGGUUGAUCUAGCUAGGAGUCGUGUGAUAUCGACCGAAGAAGGUAAAUCAAUGGCAACGUCGUUCGAUUGCAAAUUCAUCGAAACGUCGGUUGGGAUAAAUCAUAACGUGGACGAGUUAUUGGUUGGACUAUUAACGCAAAUACGUUUAAAACUCGAAAAUCCAGAAAGGACGCGUGAUCUAUUUCGUAAAAGGUCAAGAAAAAAUCGUAGCAGAUCACCGUUGGGUUCUUGUUCGGAAAACAACUCGCCAAAGAAGUACAGAGGUAGUAGGACAAGUACCAGCCUAAAGGUACGAAAUUUGUUGGGUAAGGUUUGGGCAAGGGAUAGUAAGUCGAAAAGUUGUGAGAAUCUUCACGUUCUUUAGAAAGAAAUAGAACGAAAAAAAAAAAGAAAAAGCAAAAAGAGUUAGUAAAAAUCGAUGACGGCGGGGUCAAAUAAUAAAAAAACACAACAAAAAAAAAAACAGAGAGAAAUUUAAGGCCGAUCCUCUCCUAAUCACGCGCGAUUUUUAUCAUCGCGAGUGAGAGAACACAUACGAUGAAAAAAAGGAAUUUUUUCUUAGAAAUAGGAUUACCGGAUCGAUUACGCGAACGAAAAAUAAAAACGAUUUGUGUGAAACGGGAAAGAGAAAGAAAUUAUUAACCAAAAAAAAAAGAAAAAUCCGAGAAAAUUCAUAGAUAGAAGAAGUUAAUGACUACCUCGAAAAUAUUGUGUUCACUCCUCCUCCUCCCUCCCCCCUCCCCCCCAGCAAAUAUGUUUCUAAAUCGUCCAUCAUUUCUUUUGUUUUUAUUUUCCUACGAAACAACCGUAUAUGUGUAUACCCAAUUAAAUCGAGAUUUCGACACGUUUUUAGAUCGUUAUAAUGACUUCUAUAUUUCGAGAACGUCUCUACAAAAACAAAAAAAAAAAAUAAAAAAAAAAAGCAAGUAAAAAGAAAUAAAAACAAUAUAAAACAAAUACGAUAAAUCGAUACGAACGCGUGAUACAGCCCCGAUUUGUGCUUUAAAAAUCGAAAUAAACCAUACGGAAAAACAUGUUCGCUUAAGUAAGAUCCGUUCGGAUUUUUUUUAAACAAGAUCAAUACUUUUUGCAAUAACUAUUCCAGCAGCCCGAGGAUAAAAAAAAAAUAAUAACGAUAUCGUUCCUCCGGUAAUCCUGUUUCACGCAUUUAGACAAAAAAAAAAGAAAAAAAACAAAAUUAUCUCUAUAUUAUUAUUAUUAUUAUAUAUAAAAUAAAUAUCUUAUGUAUUAUAUAUAUAUUCCUCGACCAAAACGAUAAACGUAAGAUUGUUGUUAUUGUAUCGUAAAAAUGCCGACUUUUUAAAACAAAGAACAAGCGAGAAUGCGGGAGAGAGAGAGAGAGAGAGAGUAUGAAAUUAAAAAAAUACACACACUUGCAUACACAUGUAUAUCGUACGUGAUAUUAGAAAUCGAUGAGGAAAAAUACGUUAUUGCGACAAGAUGGCGUCACAGAUCAUUAAAUCUCGAAUGAAAAAAAUUAAAACACAGGCAGAAAGAGAAAGAGAGAGAGAGAGAAACAAAAAAACAAAGAAGUUGAAAAUAAAAAAGAACAAGAAAUAAUAUUUCAAUGUACUCUCUUAUAAAAUCGUAGAACAAGUUAACGAUAAUAAAACGAGUUGAGACUGUUCCAAAAUUUUCUGGAACUCCCGAGGACAUUUAUUUCUGCUUACUUUGAAUAACCUCGCAGCCGAAA